ACCACCUCGUCGCGCAACGCAGCGGAAAAGCGCCAUCUCGUCCCUCCGUCGUCGUCCCCGUCCCCGCCUGUCUGUUGCUCCUUCUCUCUCCCCGCGCCCCGGGGGAAGCCGCGACCGCCGCGCCGAUCCACUCCGGCCGCCAUGGCGAUGCCGGCGUGGGCCGUCGCCCUCGCCGCGCUCUGCCUCGUCGCGCUCGCGCCGCCCGCCGCGGGGUUCUACCUCCCCGGCGUCGCGCCCAACGACUUCGAGAAGAAAGAUCCGCUUCCUGUGAAAGUCAACAAGCUGACUUCAAUCAAGACACAACUGCCCUACUCCUACUAUUCUCUCCCAUUCUGCAAGCCUGACACAAUUGUUGACAGUGCUGAAAACCUUGGUGAAGUUCUUCGCGGUGACCGCAUUGAGAACUCUCCAUAUACGUUUGAGAUGAGGGAGCCUCAGAUGUGCCAAAUAGUCUGCAAGAUUUCUGUUGGAGAGAAAGAAGCAAAGCUUCUCAAGGAAAAGAUUGAAGACGAGUACCGCGUCAAUAUGAUUCUUGACAACCUACCCCUAGUUGUUCCUAUUCAAAGAGUGGAUCAAGAAGGUGCUUAUUUCUAUCAACAUGGAUUCCAUGUUGGAGCCAAGGGAAAAUACUCAGGGAGCAAGGAUGAAAAGUACUUCAUCCACAACCAUUUGUCCUUUACGGUGAAAUAUCACAGGGACGAACAAAGGGAUGUUUCUAGGAUUGUGGCCUUUGAAGUGAAACCGUACAGUGUUAAGCAUGAAUAUGAAGGGCAGUGGAAUGAUAAGAAGACCCGCCUGACAACAUGUGAUCCUCAUGCUCAACGUGUAAUUACAUCAUCCGAUUCUCCUCAGGAGGUUGAAGUUGGCAAGGAAAUCAUAUUUACUUACGAUGUGGAUUUCAAGGAGAGUGAUAUCAAGUGGGCAUCUCGGUGGGACAGCUAUCUGCUGAUGACAGAUGAUCAGAUCCACUGGUUCUCCAUUGUGAAUUCUCUCAUGAUCGUUCUCUUCCUUUCGGGAAUGGUUGCAAUGAUCAUGCUCCGUACUCUUUAUCGGGAUAUCUCCAAGUAUAACCAGCUUGAGACUCAGGAAGAGGCCCAAGAAGAGACUGGAUGGAAGCUUGUCCAUGGUGAUGUUUUCAGGCCUCCAUCGAACUCCGACUGGCUCUGUGUCUAUGUUGGCACUGGUGUCCAGUUCUUUGGCAUGCUGCUUGUCACCAUGGUAUUUGCGGUUCUUGGCUUCCUUUCCCCAUCAAACAGGGGUGGAUUGAUGACAGCUAUGCUCCUGCUCUGGGUAUUCAUGGGGCUGCUUGCUGGCUACUCUUCCUCACGCCUCUACAAGUUGUUCAAGGGCUCAGAAUGGAAGAACAUUGCCUUGAGGACAGCAUUCACUUUCCCUGGCAGUGUGUUUGCUAUUUUCUUCUUCUUGAAUGCUCUUAUCUGGGGGCAGAAGUCCUCAGGUGCUGUUCCAUUCACCACCAUGUUUGCCCUUGUCCUCCUUUGGUUCGGUAUCUCUGUGCCUUUGGUUUUUGUUGGAAGCUUCCUUGGCUUCAAGAAACCUACCAUUGAAGAUCCUGUAAAGACAAAUAAGAUACCAAGGCAGAUCCCUGAGCAGGCCUGGUACAUGAACCCAAUCUUUUCUAUUCUGAUCGGAGGGAUACUUCCAUUUGGAGCUGUGUUCAUUGAGCUCUUCUUCAUCCUUACUUCCAUCUGGCUGCACCAGUUCUACUACAUCUUUGGGUUCCUCUUCCUUGUCUUCCUGAUCCUUAUCGUCACAUGUGCUGAGAUCUCGAUUGUGCUCUGCUACUUCCAGCUCUGCAGUGAGGAUUACUUGUGGUGGUGGAGGUCAUACUUGACAUCUGGUUCCUCUGCUCUCUACCUCUUCUUGUAUGCGACCUUCUACUUCUUCACAAAGCUAGAGAUCACCAAGUUCGUCUCUGCCGUUCUUUACUUUGGCUACAUGCUCAUUGCUUCAUAUGCCUUCUUUGCCUUGACUGGCACAAUCGGAUUCUAUGCUUGCUUCCUGUUCACAAGGUUGAUCUACUCUUCCGUCAAGAUUGAGUAAGGUGAAGUGCUUUCUUGCCUAAUUCUUUGUUGCCACGAAGGAAGAUGGAUUCUGCAGAUAAUGAAAUCUACAGAACCCCAGAAAUUAGCUGAGUGGCCCUCGGUUUUGAGUUCUCAAAGCUGGUAGUUAUGAUGAAGUGGCAAUUUGUUAUCAUAUAAUUCAGGUAUUAUAGUUAGCCCAGUGAUUUUUCUGUUUUCUCUUUGUUUUAUAUUUUUGGGCUGUGCCUUUGGACCACGAGGAUAUGCUUAUCAAGCGCUCCUUGCAGAGCGAAGUGUAUACGGAUGCUGAGUAAUCUAUUUCUUGUUCAUGUCAGAAUUUAUGUACUUGUUGACUUCCCGAAGAUAUAUUACAGUUAAAAUGUUGGAAUAGCUAUUUUUUCCGUA